AUGGUUACUGUAUUUGUUCAUCCGUGUUCUCACCUUGCGGUCCUGCAGCAACAGCACCAGCAGCAGCAGCAACAGCAGCAGCAGCAGCAGCAGCAAGAAGAUAAUCCUACAGUUUCUCUACUUAAGUACAUCACAAUCAUGAUCAUCAGCAGCAACAGCAGCAGCAGCAGCAACAGCAGCAGCAACACCCCCACCACCACAACCCCACCCACGACAACCAUCAUCAUGAUCAGCAAAAUCAGCAGCAUCAGCAGCAACAGCAGCAACAGCAGCAGGAGGAGGAGGAGGAGAAUAAUAUACCUUUUCUAUAUUGGAAAUAGAACAGCAGCAGCAGCAGCAGCAACAGCAGCAACAGCAGCAACAGCAGCAACAGCAGCAACAGCAGCAGCAGGAGGAUAG